AUGGUGCGAGAGCGCCCUCGCGUCCCUACGUCAUCAUCCGAACUCCCCUCCCGCCCAUUCCAUUCCACUCGUACAGUAGGAAGGUUUACACCAGUACUGGUACUACUCUCCACGCAAUUGCAAAGCAAACACGUACAGUCUGACUGGAUCGAGUCGCGCAAGAAGCCUUUCAAAACAGACCUAAGCACCUCCUUCCCAAGGAAUCGCUCCCUCUCCAUCCGCUCCAAGAACGGCGCCAGCUCCUCGGGUACAGGGACGGGGAACCGCCAUGGCUUCAGCCUCAGCUCCCUCCGCGGCAAUAUCCAGCCCGAGCUCAGCAAAAAGCUAUACAAACUCAUCAAGUCCGAGAACCAUCUGAUCCAGUCCUACGAGAACGCCGGCAAGGAGAGGAUUUCGAUCGCCACCCAGCUGUCGGAGUGGGGCGAAGCGACCAACGAUGACGCCGUCAGCGACAUCUCGGAUAAGAUUGGUGUCUUGCUCUCGGAGCUAGGUGAACAGGAGGAUUUGUAUGCGCAUAACCUGGACGAUAGCAGGGCCAUCCUGAAGGCGAUCAGAAAUACCGAGAAGAGUGUCCAGCCAAGCAGAGACACCAAAGCCAAGAUCACGGACGAGAUUGCGAGGCUGAAGUCUAAGGAACCCCAAAGCGCGAAGUUGGUGACCUUGGAACAGGAACUAGUCAGGGCUGAGGCGGAAAACUUGGUUGCGGAGGCUCAAUUGACCAACAUUACCCGGCAGAAGUUGAAGGCAGCAUACGCUACCGAAUUUGCGGCCUCAAUCGAGCGCGCAGAGAAGCAAAUUAUCCUCGCCCGCCAUGGCCGGCGGCUCCUCCACCUCCUUGACGAUACUCCCGCUGUGCCAGGCGAUGUUCGUCCAGCGUAUGAACAUGCUGACCAAGCCCGCCAGAUCCUUAACGACGCAGAAGAUGACCUCAAGGACUGGCAGCCCGAAUUGGGGGAUGAGCCCUCGCAUGCAACCCUCGAUAACAACUUGAUGCCGGGUUCGGCGAGACAAAACCAACAGGAGCCAGAAUCUGUCGCGGGCGAGGGAAGUUUUGCAAACCAUGAGGAUGUCUCUGAAGGCCCUGUCGUUGGCUGA